AGACAACUUACAAAAUAAACGAAGAAACAUGGCAAAUUUGGAUGACGACGAAAUAGACAAACUUAAAUUGCCCGCAGCUGUGAAACUUGCCAAGCAAAGACAAAUAGAUAUAACUGGUUUAAGAGAUCUGGAAGAAAUAAAAUGCGAGCUGAAGAAAUACUUGCUGACAGAUCGGAGAAACCGAGAAAAUGUGAUACAAGAAUUAAUGGUAGCAGCAGAAGAAGAUUCUAAAGUGAGACAUGAACUCAUGGAAAUAUAUGAGAAAACUAUUAAAAGUUUAGACUUCUAUUCUCAUGAAGAUCCACUAAUCAGAAGUGUUAGCAAAGGAUAUAAAAACAUUAAUGUUUUAAAAAUGCUGUUAAAACAGAAGGGAAAACUGGAUGGCAAAAUAUCAAGAUGUCCAGUAUUAGUUUUAGGAGAUACAGGAGCUGGGAAGAGUUCUUUUAUUAAUUUAUUAUUAGGCCAGGAGGUAUUCCCAUGCUCUUUAUUGAGUAACACCAGUGUUAUAUGUGAGAUCUCAUACUCUGAGAUGCCCUAUGCUACACUUUAUCCACACGAGGACGAAGGGGAUACAGUCCAACCAGAAAGUAUCAGUUCUGAGAGUGAGAGGAUGGAAGAUUUUGAUUUUACAAAACUUUCACAACUAGUACAACAAAGAGAUGAAGAGAAGAAAAGAUCAUCAUAUCAGAAAGCUGAGAUUGGGUUUCCAUUGCCUAUUUUGAAGACUGGUUUGAUCAUUGUGGAUAGUCCAGGAGUCGGAGAUACCCCAGAAAUGACAAAGUUGGUUCUAGACUAUAUAAUGGAAGCUUCAGCUUUUGUUUUUAUCAUUAACACAAUUGAUGGAGUACAGAUCACAAGAUUGGAAAUGUUACUAGCAGAAAUUGCUGACAGAGUCAUGACAGAAAACAAGUAUUAUAAACAGGACUGUACUUUGUUUGUAUGUAAUAAGUGGGACCAGGUUCCUAUUGAUGAAAGAACAUCUGUUCACGAAGAUGCAUUAAAGAAAUUAAAUAAAGUUUGGAUUGGAUUUCAGUCAUCACAUUUGUACACAUUAUCAACGAAGGAAGCUCUCUGGAUCCAGAAGGAUGGACUAAUUGUUGGAAGAUUUGAAAAAAUACUGCAGGGAAUCAUAAAUCUUCUACCUCCAAGCAGGGAACAGCUACUGACAACAUCUACAGGCAAAUUGUUUGAUUUCCUGAACAACUGCAUGACUUGUAUUGAGAACAAUAUUCAGAAAAGUACAAUCAGUGUAGAGGAAGCUGAGAGACAACAAUCGGAGGUUAAUACUAGGAUGAAGGCAUUAAAGGCAGAGGUCAACGAAUUCUUCGAUCAUCAAAAAUCUGGUCUGAAAUCAAAUCUAAGUAAGAUAGCAGAGUCUUUAUCAAAAUAUUUAAGAACUGAGGAUGUCAAGAAGGACUUAGGUAGUUUUAAGGCUACCGAUCCUGAAUUUUAUCAAAAGAAUUUCCAGGAUGUUUCAGUUAUUAUAAGGUCAAGAGUGUAUGAUGGGAUAUCAAAACAUAUGAAAACUUGGGAAGAGGAACAAAAACAACUUGAAGAUAUAGGCAAACAAUUAUUAAAAAAGUUUAAUGAAAAAUUUCCAGAUUUUGAGGCUCAGUUAUUUCGAGUUGAAAAAUUAUUCCGGAACACUUGGCGAGGUGAUGCAGGUGAGGCUGAAUCACCAAUGGAUGAAAAAAUUCCUCUCGUACCAGACAUUAUAACAGAUCGUUACACCAACCUCAAUCUGGGAUUGAAAGUUAUUUUGAGUGUUGCAUUAACUCCAGUGUUUCUGAUUGGUGCUAUUGUUAGACUUCCAUAUUGGGGUUUAAGACAUCUUGGUAAUGUGAUAAAAAAUGAAAUGUUGCACAGGAGCUUUGAAAAAGGUAAUGACAAAGACAAAGUCAUUAAAGAAUAUACACAAAAUGUGAUCAAUAAAAUGACGGAGAAGAUGGUGAUUGAUGCCUGUUUUGGGUCACAGUUAUCCAUCUUGUACCAUUAUAUUGACCACCAGAAACAGAAAGUGAUUGAACAGAUUGAUAGGAAACUUGCCAUGCUGAAUGAAAGUGCCUUUGAUCAUUCUGAACCGUUCAAUGCUACGUGGCAUGCAUCAAUGGCAACAGUUGAAGUGUUACUCAAGAAUGUAGAAUAUUUCAAUAUGAUGUUUCUUCCCCAAAAUCUACAUUUCGAGUCAUUAGACAGAUUUGAAGUGACGGAGGUCCUUUCAGAAGGGGUCCUAACAAAAAUAGUUUUAGCAAGAGAUACAAAGAAGAAUAAUGAGCUGAUUGCCAUAAGGCAAACCCAAAUGUCCAUUAAUAUUGAUACGAUUAAACAGUACCAGAAAGAAGAGAGAUACUACAGGAAGACUAAUACCAGUAAGCAUGAUAAGCGUCAAAUCAUUAUUGUGGAUACAUUUGUUAAGUAUAACAUGCAUGUCUGGCAAUGCUUCCCACGUCCUAGACAAAGUCUAAGACAGUUUAUCAAAGAGAGACAGUACAAGGAGUAUGAUGACACUAAAUUGAAGUUUUACUACAAAACCCUGAGUCAAGUCACAAAGGGAUUAAAAUAUUUACACGAGAGAGGCCUGGUGCAUAUUGAUUUAUGUCAGGAUACAAUUAUGAUUGACAAGGACUGUAAAGUUGUUCUGGUGAACAUAACCUGUCCCACAUUGUUAGACAAAUCCUGGUUCAGUCCAGACAUAACCAGUGUGGCAGACUAUGUCCACUUCUCUGCUGAUAUCAUGACACACACAGACAUGACCGUCUAUGAGAAGAAACAUGAUAUAUACAGUCUUGGUAUUCUGAUGUGGGAACUAUGGAGUCAAGAGAAUGCAUUUAGUAGACAGAUCCAGCAGCAUAGCAUUACAAAUCUUAGGCAUUUCUCAGAAUAUCUGAAAAGUGUUGAUAUACAGAGUUGUCUCCCCACAGUGUCCAAAGAUGAGAGUAUCACAUCAUUGGUUAAGACAUGGUGUGAUGUUAUGUCACAUUGUCUUGAACUUAAAGAUGAAUUAACUGCUGUUAAGUGGUUAGAUAGCUUUGCUUAUGAACUUGAAUGUUCAGAUUUUUCUAAAUCUUACACAGGAAUAGACAAUUUAGAGAUUUCUCCACAGAUUUAUAGCAGAACUUUCCAUGCAGCUAUGUGAUUUUAAGUUUUGACCUGGUUUUUUUUCUUUAAAAUACACCAUACCAUUUUUUAUACGAAUUUCCAGAUAAGCUAUGAAUUAACCCAUAAUUUACUAUGCAAUGAACAAAAAUUAUAAACACCAUUUUAAAAGUACAAUGGUAUGGAUUCAUAUUGUUGGUUAAUAUAGAUACAU